CUCUCUUUGCUAACUGUUCACGAUGGCACUCAGAAGGAAAAGGGAAGGAGAGGACGAUGCCGGUAGCAGGAUAACCCCCACCUUAGUCCUGGCUGUCUUCACGGCUGUCUUGGGUUCCUUGCAGUUCGGUUACAACAUCGGAGUCAUCAACGCACCACAAAAGAUCAUUGAAGAGAAUUACAAUAUCACAUGGAAGAAUCGCACCGGUGAAUUCAUCGACUCCGACACCCUUGAAAGACUAUGGUCCCUCUCUGUUUCCAUCUUCUCCAUUGGAGGCAUGAUCGCCUCCUUCAUGGUGGGCGUCGUCUCAGAACGGCUUGGCAGGAAGAGGGCCAUGGUUAUGAAUAAUAUUCUGGCCAUUCUCGGUGGUGGAUUGAUGGCCCUAGCGAAGCUGGGCAAAUCCUACGAAAUGAUGAUUAUUGGACGGUUUAUUAUUGGGGGUUUCUCAGGGUUUGCCUCAGGUCUUGUCCCCAUGUACGUAGGGGAAAUCUCCCCCACCAAACUGCGGGGGGCAUUGGGAACGGUGAAUCAACUGGCCAUUGUCAUUGGAAUCCUAAUCGCACAGGUGCUUGGGCUGGAAAGCCUUCUGGGCACAGACACGCUGUGGCCCGCCCUGUUGGGUAUCACCAUGGUCCCCUCUUUCCUCCAAAUCCUGCUGCUCCAUUUCUGCCCCGAGAGCCCUCGGUACCUGUACAUCAUCCUCAACAAGGAAUCCAAGGCAAAAGAAAGCCUCAGGCGGCUGACGGGUCUUGCGGACGUGACCGUGGGUCUCAACGAGAUGAAAGAAGAGAAGCGCCGCAUGGAUCUGGAGCACAAGGUCUCCAUUCUCCAGCUCUUCCGCUUCCGCAUCUACCGCCAGCCCCUGCUGAUCGCGGUGGUCCUGCAGCUGUCCCAGCAGCUGUCCGGCAUCAAUGCGAUCUUCUAUUACUCAACCAGUAUCUUUGAAGACAUUGGGCUGAAGCAUCCCAUCUACGCCACUAUUGGAGCUGGUGCGGUCAACGUGCUGUCCACCGUCAUUUCGGUGUUCCUGGUGGAGCGGGCAGGAAGGCGAACCUUACAUCUCCUAGGCCUGCUUGGUAUGUGCUUGUGUGCCCUCCUUAUGAUGACAUCUAAACUCUUGGUGGAAAGGGUGCAUGAAAUGGGCUACCUCGGCAUGGUUGCCAUCUAUGGCUUUGUGGCAUUCUUUGAGAUUGGGCCAGGGCCCAUCCCGUGGUUCAUCGUGGCAGAGCUGUUCAGCCAGGGGCCCCGCCCAGCCGCCAUGGCCGUGGCCGGCUUUGCCAAUUGGACCUGCAAUUUCAUCAUUGGCAUGAGCUUCCCGCCAAUUGAGAAAGUGCUCGGGGCCUACGUCUUCCUCGUCUUUGCCGCACUCCUCCUGGCAUUCACGAUCUUCACUUAUCUCAAGGUGCCGGAGACUCGAGGGCGCACCUUCGAUCAGAUAGCGGCUACAUUUCGACGCACCCCAUCUUUGUUAGACCACGAGGUCAAACCGCAAACAGAAUUGGAUGAACUAAACCAAGACCUCUACGAAUAAGAAUGCAAGAUGGCGGGGUGGUGCAGGAAAAAACCCCAAAUGGAAAACGUGGUUGGGGGUGGAGGGCGAAGAUACCAGGGUCUGUCUAGCACUUUAAUGAUAUCAGGCUUUUUUGGUCUGGUGUGUGGUCAGAGUUGAACCUAUUUUUUUUUUAGGUCUCUUUUUAGUCUGGAUGCAUUUUAUUUUUUCUUUCUUUUUUAAAAAUGGUAAUUUAAUAAAACAGGACAGGCAGGUAUAUUGGGUGGGCGUAGGAACAUACAUGAGGUCCUCCAUUAUGGGUUUGGAGGACAAAAAAGCUCGUGGCAUAGAAGACACAUGAGGAGCCACAAGUUUCGUUGCUGUAAAUAGAGGAUUCUGGGGCAUUUGUGCAGAGAGCGGAUGCCAUUUCACUGGCAGAACUCAGAAACGUCUUUGCCUUGAAAGCAAAGACUAACCCCCAAAAGGAAGAUGCUUAAACCAACUCCAAACAUGGUAGUCUCCCUGAGAUUUCAGUUAUUUAUAUGUUUGUUUGGUUUUAAUUUGAGCUAGGGCUGAGCCCUGCUUUAGGGGGUUUAACUCCUCAAUACAUAUAUUUUUAAUCACGAAGAGAGUGCCCCAGAGUUUAUUUCCCCUUAGAUGUGAGAGACUACACCCAGCUUCUCUCCCAAUCACAGACCCCUGGGUUUGGGGAUCAGGGCUUUGACACACUUACACCCCUUCUUAAAAAUGAAGCACUGGAUGGAGUGACUAGAAUAUCCCAUUCAAGUCCCUAAUGAGGGUAACUUGUCGGCAUACCACUCUAACUUCACUCCCCAUCACGUACCCCACUAUUUGGUCCUCAGUGUGGUUGCCUAGCAACUGUAGAGAAGGCUUCCCUUGGUUCAGUGGCAGCCAUCUUGCCAGAACAUGGAGUGGUUGCUUAGCAGCCACCAAGUGCAUUCCCUCAAUGGUUCUAGGCUGAGUAGUAAAGAAGGCCCGUUGGGGCAAUGCGAAAAAUCGAGAAAUUUGGGGUGUGGGCAGGAUAUCGCCUUCGUCCCAAACUCAAGCGCCUUCUAAAAGCUGGAAAUUUUGGAACAGCUUUCCCCAGCCUGGUGUCCUCUAGAUGUGGUCUAGCACAUCUGAAGGGCACCAGGUUGAGGAAAGCUGAUUGAUUUUGCCUUUGUGGGACUUCCUUCCAUUCAACUAUAAACCACUAAGAGGGCUGGUUGACUGCUGUAGCUUCCUCUCAGAGAACCCUGGGGAUUAGUUCUCUGAUGACGUUGAGUUUUCUUUGGCAGAGUAGUCUAAUCUCGUUAUUAUUGGCUUAUAAAUGUAGCAGUACAAAAAGAUGCUGCCCAGCAUACAACAAACCAAGAAGCCUCACAAACUGCAAUCCAAAGAGCUCCUUCGCAGGAAGUCAUGGCAGUUCAAAGCACGCUUCCUCUCUGUGAAGGAACCCUGUGGCACUGCAGGGCGGAUUUGCCCUUUUUCUUUAAUUCAAGGAUGUUUCAUUUCAAGUUAAGGGUUGCAAACGAAAGCUCCGUCUUAAGUGAUCCAAAUGGCGUUGCAGGGAGGGGGCUUAUUUUGGGGCAUCAUGGACUGGUGUUGACUGAACAUGACUAGCUCUGGUCUAAACCUAUACUGCUGGUCUUCUGAAAGGUAAAGAGGCAUAUGUGGAUGAAGAAAGGGCUUUAGGUCCACAUCCUAGGAUGCCUUCAUGGU